CGCGCCUCAAUGUCGCCCGUGGGCGGCCGCCCGCUGAAAAUAGCGAGCCCACCCGAACUCUACCAACGGCCCGAAGAGCACCGAGAGCAGCCGUUUCGUUCAUACGCAUAACCUUUCCUUACCUCCUUCUCACUCGGCUGAACAGCUGAGUAUCAAAACAAAGAAGCGAGACGGGCGGUCGCCGCUCCCGCUCGCCGGCCGGCCGGUGUCGCGCCGCACGCACGCCAGUUCUUGUUUGAACCGUGUCUAUUAAGGUUGUCCGCAGCAAGCUUGCGCGCAAAGUUUACUGCCGCGAAAGGGUUUUCCUUUGUCCCGAUCUUCGAGGACCUUGCCUUCGUAUUAUGUUUCCGCGCGAGAACCGCGAUCAGCCUCGGCUUAUUGAGGAGCCGAACCUACUUGAAAGUACGGUAUCGCACCGAAAUUCUCGUGGUUCCCCAAAAUUUUGUGACGGAUACCCCGCGAAACGUGUGCGUCGGGCGAUUUGAAAAUUUUGAGUGAACUUGUGACAGAAAGAAGUGUGAACUACGGAAUAAUAUUAAAUACCUCUGUUGUAUAUUUUUUUAAAGAGGCUAAUUGAACUCUAGGCAUCAUGUCAACCGGCAAACGCUUAGCGAAGCGCUCUAUCAUAGGGACCCGCGUUGCGGCUCUCAGUGAUGAUGGACUUUAUUACUCGGGCAUGAUCCAGGCUGUGAAAACCCCGGCAGCAUUUCCGGAAAACAACAAUUGUAUCAACUUGACUCCAAACACCCGUUACACGGUGCGGUUUGAUGGGGGCAAAAUGAUUCGCGAGUACCGCGAUGCGGAGCUCAUAGGACCCGGAUUUCGUGGAUUGGCCGGAGUUCGUUUGAAACCCGGUCAGCGUGUAUUCCUCACGUACAAUGGUCGCGAAGUCCGAGCCGACGUGUUAGAGCACGAUCACGACACCGACGAGCUUCGAGUUCAAAUUCACGUACCAGCCGCUGAAGUGCCCAUAGAACUAAGAAAAAGAUUGGAAGAGAUAAGAUUACUAGAGUCUCGGAAGUCAGCAAGGCUUGCUGACGUGGACACAGAUUUUGCAAGACUUGCAGACAUGGCCGGCGACAGGCGCCGAGCCUCUGCCAUCAUCGAAGUGCCUGCUCAUCACAUGCAAGGGUCGCGUAAACGAGGUCCCAGUAGUUCCUGCGAUUUAGGCUUUGGAGAGAGGGAUGACCAGAUGAAUGAAUGCAAUGCAGCCCUCGUUCUGAUGUCACUCAGCUGCUCACCAAACUCACCUCGACCCAGUGCGUGGGGUGGAAGGUCAUCAGUAUCCCCCGGAGCAAGCAGUAGCUCUGGUUCCUCAUGGAGGUCCGGCACCCCUUCCCCUCCGCCAGUGUCUUCAUCGUUCAGUGAUGAGGGCAUCGCAAUGGAUUAUGAGGACAUUCACCCACGCAAAAAGAGGAUCAAUAGCGUCGUAUUCGAAUGCACUUGGAGAGGUUGCGGCUAUAUCACCAACACGUGUUCUUCCAUCGAAGCGCAUAUCAGACAGACCCAUUUAGGGCCAAAGAAAGAAGGCGAAAGUGAUCAUGAGGAAGAGUUUUACUACAAUGAAGUAGCUGCACCAGCACCGCCACCCACUCUCUCCCAUAGAGACAUGUGCCGGCCGCCGCACGAAGAUCCCGACUACCAGCGACAGCUCGUCGGAUCCUACAGGCAAGGACUAUUGUCAACGAUGCAGAACGGAUCAGCGAGACCCAUAAGCAUUCCUAUAACGCAUUCCUGGUCAAGCUCACACUCACCGAAACACUUAAAGAUCUCCGGAGUCAGCAGCUCACCAGGCAGCCCUGGCAGACGUCCUCGCUCGGACAACAAAAAGUGCCGCAAGGUUUACGGUAUGGACCAACGUGACCUCUGGUGUACUCAAUGCAAAUGGAAGAAAGCGUGUACACGCUUUGGCGAUUAGCGCAUGCGCCGAUCGCUCGCCCCUACGCGCGCUAUGAUGACAAACUAACGUUUGUGUUGUGAACGGUUUCAAACGUUUCAUUACAAAAUAAGCAACAUUCACUGCCUCGGAGUCGUAUGAAGAUAUUAAGUAUUUCUCUUGGAUGAGACUAUUCCGUGUGCGGGACGUGAUGAUAUAGACUAAGCGAAGAAAAUAUAUUGAGUUUUUUAUUUAAUAUAAACUUAUACGGAGUAAAUAUAUU